ACGAGUGUGUAGGAAAGAAAAGCUUGCCGUGCAUUACUAAUACCCUUUUGAUUGACCCGCAACGAGUUUGAAAUAAAUAAAUAAAUUGACUAAUAAGUGAAACGUCAACUGCAAGUGACUGAUUGAUAAACCGCGAGUGACAGGUGUUGCAGUUCUCGUUGCGCCGUCGAAAGGGGAAAUAUUUCUUGUGAAUUUUCGGGUAGUAUAAACGCGAUUGCGCUGGAUGGUCGCGUGUUAUCGGUGAAAUUGACUGAACCCGGGGGUUGAAUAAUCGAAUUAGCUAGUUAUCAGUGGCAAUAAAAAGUAAUAAAUCAUGUUUGAUGUAUUUGGCUCGGUGAAGGGCCUCCUGAAGCUCGACCAAGUGUGCAUCGACAAUAAUGUAUUUCGAUUGCACUACAAGGCAACGGUGAUAAUACUGAUAGCAUUCUCCCUGCUGGUGACAUCGCGACAGUACAUUGGCGAUCCAAUAGACUGCAUCGUCGACGAGAUACCCCUGUCCGUGAUGGACACGUACUGCUGGAUCUACUCGACAUUCACAAUUCCGGAUCGCAGUGGAGUAGUCGGCAGGGAUCUUGUGCAGCCCGGGGUGGCAGCACACGUCGAGGGUGAGGAUGAGAUUAAAUAUCACAAGUACUAUCAGUGGGUGUGCUUCGCCCUAUUCUUCCAAGCAAUGCUAUUCUACGUGCCCCGUUAUCUGUGGAAAACGUGGGAGGGGGGUAGAAUAAAGAUGCUCGUGCUGGAUCUCAAUUGUCCGGUUAUGAGUGACUCCUGCAAGUCCGAGAGACGCAAACUACUGGUGGAUUAUUUUCGAACUAAUCUGCACACCCAAAAUUUCUACGCCUAUCGGUUCUUCCUCUGCGAGGUACUCAAUUUCAUAAACUGCGUCGGCCAGAUAUACUUCAUGGACUUCUUCCUAGACGGCGAGUUCACGACUUACGGCGCUGAUGUCGUGAAAUUCACGGAGAUGGAGCCAGAGGAGAGGAUCGAUCCGAUGGCUCGGGUAUUCCCCAAAGUAACUAAAUGCACCUUUCACAAAUAUNGGGGGGCAGUCACGAACGGGCGGGGGGAGAGGGGAACGCGCGGCGUAGAGCAAGAGAGAAGACCAAGUGAGCGAGAAACGCGCAGCUUGUGCACGUUUUACCGAAGGGGAAACGAAAUACAAACGUGGGGGGGAAAAAAAAGAAGUUUAUACUACAGACAAGUGAGUGAGCGAGAGAAGAGGAGGGGGUGA